CACGUAGUACAUCACACCAUACCGCAUACAAUAUACAACAUACAUACAUAUAUACAUACAUACACGUACGCACACACAUAUUAUAUAUAUGUUCGAAGGAAAAAGAAAGAGAGAAAAAAAGAGGGUAGAUAGUAGACGUCGCUUGAAUCACUGAAGCACUGCCUGGUGAGACGAAGACGAACGACAGCCGAUAAAGCGAAAAGAGUUAAACGUCGAAGAGUAAAGAGUAAGAAGGAUAGAGGAAAGCGAGAGGGGUACACGACCAUCGGUUAUGUUCAACUGUAAAGAAGAAGAAGAAGAAGAGAGGAGGCAAAGCUAAUGGCUCUUAGGAUAGAAGGAAAAGAACACUGAACGGGUCAUACCAAUGACGUAAAAGGAACGGCCUCAACGACCUCGUGGCACUCUUGGCAAACGGCGAACAAGGCCGACUACUUUGCCACAUGUAACUUUUACUUAUUCCUCAGGAGCGUGCACCUACGUUUCACUCGCAACGGAUCGCGACCGAAAGGAGCAUUAAUCACCGAGGCUUCGACUUAAAGAUUUUAACAUAUUGUAUUGGAUAGAAAGAUUGACGAGGAAAAAAAGAAAAGAAGAAUAAAUUAAGGAGAUAUUUUAUAAAGUUUUUCUUUUUUCUCAACGGUGAGAACGCAACGUUCUGACACGGCGUGUUUCCAGAAGAAAGCACUUAGGAAAAGCAUUGGAAGAGGAAAAGCCAAAAUGAGCGAGAAACGUGGUACGAAAGCGCUCGAGCUCUGGUGCAGACGAAUAACCGAGGGUUAUCCGGGUGUAAACGUACAGAACAUGACCACCUCAUGGCGAGAUGGGCUCGCAUUUUGCGCCAUGAUUCAUCAUUUUCGUCCUGACCUCAUCGAUUUCAACAGCCUUAACAAGGACGACGUCUACGGGAACAACGAGCUGGCAUUCAGAAUUGCCGAGCAGCAUUUAGGAAUACCCGCCCUUUUGGACGCCGAAGACAUGGCUUCCUGUUCCGUGCCCGAUCGAUUAUCAAUUCUAACCUAUCUUUCACAAUUCUAUCAAACUUUCAAAGGAUCAUCUCCUAGCCGUUUAGCGACGAACAGAACAGUCGAGACAACGGAAGAAAGAAUCGCCCCGGUUCCAGAAUCACCAAAAGCCAAGGUGGGGUCGCGUCUGGGAAUGCGUCGAGAUCCGUGCGCGUCGUGCGGACUUCCGGUUUUCCUCGCGGAGAAGCUGGUGAUCGGACACGCAGCUUACCACCGUACCUGCUUCCGUUGUGCCCGUUGUGGGCACCAAUUGAUGCCUGAUAGUUAUUACGAGACUGAAGAGAGUCAAUAUUGUUGCGAGACCUGUCCGGACGAAGAGAGAACCUUUUUGUCGUCAUCGACGUCGUCGUUAUCGUUAUUGACGAAUCGUCGUUUAAAAAACUAUAGCGACAAAGGUAACGAGGAAGAACAAGAAGGAGAAGAAGAACAGGAAGAAGAAAUAGAGAUCGAAGGAGAAGAAGAGGAAAGAGAAGAGAAAGAAGAAGAAGAGGAGGAAGAAGAAGAAGAAGAAGAAGAAGAAGAAGAGGUUGAAGAAGUGAAAAUGGCGGACAUGGUGGAUAACCGAGUUUCCGGUAAUGGCCACCGAAGGUCUCUCAGUGACGAAGAAAAAACUGAACGGAAGAUGGUAUUAGAAUUAAAGGACGAUGAAAAUAUCGUUGUUCUUGCUAGGAAACGAUCGGUAGACGCACAGAUACCAGAUUUGAUAUCGCAGACCUCACGAAUGAGGCUCGACUUUAUGGCGAGUCAAUUGUUCUCGGAGAGAAAUGACGAGAAUAUCGAGGAUGAAAGGACAAAGAGAAAUAUAUUCUCUGGAGAGGAGAAUGAAGAAUUAGAGGAGGGUGAUGAGGCGGAGGUGGAAGCAGAGGCGGAGGCGGAAGAAGAGGAGGAGGAUGAGGAGAAGGAGAAGAAUAAGGAAGUCCUUCGUACGGAGGAAUCGACGAAUCUCGAUGACCGACCUCGACCGAGAUUGUCGAGUAUCGAAGAUAGCAAGAAUUCCAAAGAGGAAGCUAUUAAUAAUUCGCUUCCAGAAUCGGAGUCAAUUAUUCAUUCGAAUCGCUCGGCGACACCUUUGCAAGAUGAAACGACGCUUUCGCAUAGCGAUUCGAAUAAAGUUCAAAUACCGUCCCCACCUGUAAGAACAAACAAGAGAAACAAUGUGCCAAAGGAGGAAGCUAUUAAAUGUCCCACGAAUGAGAGUAACGAAAGUAAGGAUGAUCGUAGAAUCCAAGAUUCUUUAAAUGAUUCCGUUGAAAACGUUACCUUUUUAACUGCUGAUGAGAUCGAUCCUGGGACAAGUAAAAAAUAUCCAGAAGAAUUGAAUCCCUUUAAAAGCGACGAAGAAAAUGAGGAAGAAUAUCAUACGAUUUUGAAUAGUAGUACUAAGAGCAUUAGCAAGAUCUCGACUAAUCCUUUUGAUGAUGAUAUUGCUCAUGAGGAAGAAGAAGAAGAAGAAGAAGAAGAUGAUGAUAAAGUAGAAAAUGAGGUUCCUUUGCCAGCAUCGAAACCACCACUCACGGUUCUACCGGCUAAACGGCGUUUGACUGCACCACAGAUCAGUCUCAAUCCGUUCUCCAGUGACGAAGAAGAUGAACAUGAAAGUGAUACGGAGAACAAACGGAUUAUGGUAUCUGGUACAGUGCCUAUACCCAAACCACGUACUAUCACAAAUACAACCGAGCUGGGAUUGAUUCAACGGAAAUCCGAUCUAAAUCGUAGAGGCGUUUAUGCAUCAAACAGCUCAAUAACUAGUUCGGAAUCGACCUCGACGCCAGGUGGAACAUAUAGAAAGAAAAAACCUGCACCGUUGCCACCAACGGCUAAGGAACUGUUCCCUUCCACCGGCUGUCGUAGCGUGUCUCCCCGUACUACACCACGAACACGAAAGGCGAAGCCAGCUCCUCCUCCACCUAUACCUACGAGCACUCCGAAUGCGUCCGUCAAUACUCCUUUGGUUCUUGAAGAAUCUCCGAUAAAUCAAGCCGAUGAUAUCGGUGAUGAUACACGUGUAAAUAUGUGGGAAGAUCAGAAAAAUAACAAGGACGAGGCUAAUAGAAACAGGCAAAGCUUGACUAGCGUUUCCUGUGUAGAAAGUCCACAAUUUAAAUCUUAUCCGGAUAAGAGUGUUCAAGGAAAGUGGAAAAGGAAGAAGGGACCAGCACCACCACGUCCUACGCCACAUCGUAGAAAAAUCAAAGUUAUGUCCAUGAAAGAUGUCAAAUUAGAAUUGGAUGAAAUAGAAUUACAACAGCAAGGUUUGGAAAGGCAGGGUGUACGUUUGGAACAAUUAAUUAGAGACAAAUGUGAAACAGGAGCACGAGUUGAUGAGUCUUCUCUGAGUAUGGACGUCGAAGAACUCAUUUUAGAAUUAUUUGCUUUGGUCAAUGAAAAGAAUGAAUUGUUUAGGAGACAGGCUGAAUUAAUGCUACUACGUAGACAACAAAGAUUGGAAGAAGAGCAUGCUGAUGUUGAAUAUCAAAUACGUUGUCUUAUGUGCCAACCAGAAGCUACAAAGACAGAUUUCGAUAAACAGAGAGAAGAAGCUUUAAUACAAAGAUUAGUAGAAAUCGUAGAAAGGCGAAAUGAAAUAGUAGAAUGUUUAGAAAUGGAUCGUAAAAGAGCAGUCGAGGAAGAUAAGAGUAUUCACAAACAUAUGGGAUUAUUUGCUGCUAGAAACAAAAGCGACGCUACCAAUAGUAACAAUGAUUCUUCUUCUAAUUCCACGAAAACGAAAAAAAGUAAAAUAAAAGAGAAGAUAAAAGAGAAGAAGUUCAAAAAAUUAUCUAAGAAGGAUGCCGACAAGGACGUGGAUGAGACUGAAGUGAAACUCAAACGCCAUAACAAGCGGAAGUGGUUUUGAGUUAUUAAAUAUUAACUGUUAAAUAUUAUUAGCUAUAAAGUUUUUUGCGAAUAAGCUAGUUAUCGUUUAAUACUUUUAUAAAUAUUUUUAACGCAAGAUUUGUUAUUUAUAAAUACAAAGAAUUACCAUAAAACACUAGUAAUAAAUAUAACUAAUGGUUCAAUAAAAAAUAAAUAUAUUUCUUAUUCGA